AAAAUGUAAAAAAUGGGUGUACUAUCAAGCAUCAACAACGACGUCAAAAAGACUCUCAGUUGAAAUAAUUGAGUUUCAACCGAAGAGAGCGAACCAUACGGAUCCCAAAUUUGAGAAUUCCAGAGCUAUUACUGGUCGUCUCAUCUUCGCUGUCAUCUUCAUCCUCCUUCUCAUCAUCCCCAUUCGUAAUUCACCGCGUUUCUGGCAAUUUCAUCAAAGUAAAACUCACCCUUAAAUUUCUUCAACUCAGUCACCAUCAAACUCCCAUUUUCUCUCUCCUCACUCUUCAAAUUCACCCACCAUUUUCGCUCCCUUUUCUUCCCAACCCAUCAACCAAUUCUCUCUCCUUUGACUCCCAUGGGAAAAGGCGGCGGUUGCGUCCCCAGCAAGAAGAAACUCCCCGACCGCGUAACAACCGCCGGAUACCGGCAACCUCCGGCACCAAUUGACGGCAGCAAAUCCCCAGUUGAAACCUCAUCUUCCGACCCACCUACAACCCAAAACGACGCCGUUUUUGACCCCAAUCCGACCCGAAUUCUGAAGGUGUACAUAGUUUUCUACUCGAUGUAUGGACACGUGGAGGGAUUAGCGAGAAGGAUGAAGAAAGGGGUUGACGCCGUUGAUGGGGUUGAAGGGGUUUUGUAUAGGGUGGCUGAGACUUUGUCGCCGGAAGUGUUGGCUCAUAUGAAGGCGCCAUCGAAGGAUGAUUCUAUACCGGAGAUUUCGGAGGCGGCGGAAUUAGCUGCUGCUGACGGGUUUUUGUUCGGGUUUCCGACGAGGUAUGGGUGUAUGGCGGCUCAAAUGAAAUCAUUUUUUGAUUCGACGGGACAAUUGUGGAAGGAUCAGGCAUUGGCCGGAAAACCUGCCGGAUUUUUUGUUAGUACCGGUACUCAAGGCGGCGGGCAGGAGACCACUGCUUGGACAGCAAUUACUCAGUUGGCUCACCACGGGAUGCUUUUCGUUCCUGUUGGGUACACCUUUGGUGCUGGUAUGUUUAAGAUGGACACAAUACGCGGUGGUUCUCCUUAUGGUGCUGGAGUUUUUGCAGGAGAUGGCACUCGAGAACCUACUGAUACUGAGCUAGCACUCGCAGAGCACCAGGGCAAGUAUAUGGCUGCAGUUGUCAAGAGGCUUGCCUAGCCUUGAUCUCCCUCCAUCAUUCAGGUUUCUGUCACAUCUGAUGGAAUCCAAAUGAUGUACCCCUUCAGCUGAAGUGUAUAUGUCCCAUUUAUUAUACUGAUAUUUUGGUUUUCAGAUAUAGCCAUCUGGCACUGCAUAGAGUUAUAGGGCUUUUUUCUUUUCAUUUUCUUGUUUCUUGCUGAUGUUAUUAUUUUUUUCAUUUGAUGUAUUCAUGGAGUAUAGUUGGUGUACAUGUUUCAAACUCAGUGCUCAAUUAUUUGUUUCGAUGAUGGCAUAAUAAGAAUGUCACAGUUUGCAAAAAGA